AUGGGCUGCAAUCCUCUCACCGUGGAGGUUGGAAAUUCUCCGAUCCGUAACUGGACAGGAAGAAAUCCUGGGCACAUUGGCCGCGAGCAUCACACCGAGAGCCUACGUCGACUCCGCGCUAGAGGAGAUGGUUCGAGCUGCCUCGGGGCUGAAUACCGAGGUAUGCUGCUCGGCAUCCCGCUGUUGGGCGACCUCAACGUUGCGCGACUGAUCAUCUGCGGGGAUUCCAAUCUGGUAGUACGUCAGAUGCGGGGCGAGAUGGACUGCAAGUCGCCCGGCCUAAAGCUGCUGAGACAGCAGGCAUGGAACACACUACGAUAA